AUGGCAACGAAGAAGUCCGUCCUAUCGACAAGCAAUGGCGCCCCACUGCCAAACCAUGGGCUCACGGCAUCGCAAACUGCGGGUCCGCAUGGACCCAUCGUCCUCCAAGACUUUGCCUUGCUCGACCACCUUGCCCACUUUGAUCGCGAACGAAUUCCCGAGCGCGUGGUGCACGCCAAGGGGGCUGGUGCGUUCGGGUACUUUGAAACGACGCACGACAUUUCGUCGGUGACAAGCGCAGCGCUGUUCUCUGCCGUGGGGAAGCGAACCCCCAUCGCCGUUCG